CUGGGAUGAGGCAGCUGAAGGUUCGGGAUAGUGAGGCUGGGGGACCCCACUCCUUAUGGGCUUGCAGGGUAUCCACCACCUCUGAGGAGUUUCAGGGUACUGCCUAAUCCUGAGGGGAGUCGUACUGGCAGCAGGGGACACAUGGCUCUGGCACCUCUGGGUCCCACCUGCAUCCCUCCUUCCCAGUGUCCCCUGGAAGCGGAAUUUGGGGAGAGGGAAGGAGCUGAGGAUGGAGACCAGGGAGAACAAAUCCCCACAGCAGAACCUUGUGGAAGAGGCCGUUUUGAGUGUUUCCAUGGCGCAGGAAUCCAAUGGGUAGGAAAAGCCCUGGAGAUCCCGCAUGAGGAGGGGCUGCAAACACAGCCCAGGGUGUUCCGAGGAAGAAAGACCCACCCUGGGCCGGGAAGGUAGUUGGAGAUCCAGUCUGGUGGUUCAUGAGCAGCAUCAAAGCGGGGAGAAGCCCUGCAAAUGUGGUGAAUGUGGGAGGAGCUGCAGAGACAGCUCCGAACUGAUCUGCCGCCAGAGGAUCCACAAUGGGGAGAGGCCCUAGGAGUGCUUGGAAUGUGGGAAGAGCUUCAGCCAGAGGUCCAGCCUGACUGCCCACCAGAGGUUGCAUACUGGGGAGAGGCCCUGUGAGUGUCCUGAUUGUGGGAAGAGAUUUCAGACCGGCUCCAAUCUCCUUCUGCACCAGCGUACGCACACGGAGGAGAGGCCCUUCUGCUGCCCAAACUGCGGAAAGGGCUUCAACCUCAACUCCACCCUUGUUGGGCAGAGGUGCAUCCACACCAGGGAGAGGCCCUACCAGUGUCCCCAGUGUAAGAAGAGGUUUCAGAGCAGCUCAGAUCUCGUCAGGCACUGGCGCAUCCAUGCUGGGGACAGGCCCUAUGAAUGUCCCCAGUGUAGGAAGAGCUUCACACAGAGCUCGAACUUUACCAGACACUAACAAAGGCACCAGUAAGGGAAGCCCUGUGAGUGCCCCAAGUGCAGGAAGAUCUACAUCUGUGUCUCCGACUUCAUCCUUGGUCAGAGGACCUACAUUGGGCAGAGCCCUGGUGACCCACAUUCCUUGUGAUCCACACUGGGAAGGCACCUGUCCCUUUCCCUGCCCCUGCCAGUGAUGUGAGGUGGGAUCAAAGAACAUGAGUGUCUGCCAUGCCCCCAUCAUUAUAUUCGAUCCCACCUCAAGUCAUUGCUUGGAACAGGGAAAGGCACUCUCUCUCCUGAGGAGAAGGGUGUCUUUUCUAUUCGGGAGAAAAUACGUAGUCAGGAAGAGCUGCUUGGUGCUGUUGCAGUUUUCCCUGUAAAUAAAGUCUUUGUCUUAUCCUUCCUGUUAUCAGUAGUGUUGCUGUUCCUGUUUGUUCCUUAUCCCGUUGCUGU